UCUAUUGCAAUUUUGCAGAACGGCACUGCAUUAUGGAUGCCUCGCCGGCAGAAUUCAAGUGGUACGGCUCAUUUUGGAUGCUGAUGGCAAAAUCACUAUUGACAGAUUUGGGAGGAGUCCUGUUUUUAUGGUAAGUUAUAUCUCUCUUUAAAUAUGGUUCUGAUCAUUAGUAUCAAUUUUUGCGACCUACCUUCCCUUUCACGUUGGCACCCCUCACUGCUAUUAAACAUAGUUGAAAUUUAAGGUAACAAUUUCAGGCAACUUUAUAGAUCAUUUUCUUUUUUAAACCAACAUUUUUAAAGUAGAGAGGAAGGUGGCUGAACUUGAUCUCUUACCUUGUGUAGUAAUCUGUCAGCAAUGCUGAUGACGAUUCUUUUUGAACAGGCAAUCAAAAACGGACAUUUGGAUAUAGUCAAAGUAUUCUACGGAAUAGAGUUUGACUUCAACCGACCUGACCACGCAGGGACCACACCACUGCAUUACGCCAUUUUCAGAAAGAAAAUGGAGAUUGCAGAAUAUCUGGUAAAACAAGUGCAUGUGAAUGUGAAUGCAAGAGAUAUGCAUAUAUCUACGCCACUGCACGAAGCAGUCCUUGCUGGGUUGCCAAAUGUGGUUUUAUUGCUAGUGAAAAAUGGAGCAGAAACAGAAAUCAGAGAGAUAAUCGGAAAGACCCCCUUGUUGCUGGCGAUCGUCAAAGGAGAAGAAGAAUGUGUUGAGAUCCUCUUACGCUAUGGUGCAGAGAUCUACCGUACAAGAUACAGCAGCCUCGCAGAGGACAAGGCUCUUCAAUUUCGCCAGAAAAGGUAUAGCAAUACAAUUGAAAAUUUCAUCAGAAAUCUGAGGUAGUAAAACAACAAAGCUAUACUUGUUUUAGCAUUAAGAAUCUUAAGUUUAAGGUUCUAAUGAGGAGUGAAUUGUUAGUUGUAGUAAAAAACAAACUCUCAAAGCCUUUAUGACAAUUUCAUAGUGAACGCAACCAAUGUAAAAUUUAG